AUCGUCAGUUGUCCUCACCACCCUUUUCUCUCUCUGUGUCUCUCUGUUCAUUCACGUUCACAUCAGCUAUCAAGCGCUCACCUCCAUCUCUCUUCCGCUUCCUUCAUACAAUCAUACACAGUAAAUAAAUGUAAAUCAGCAUAUAUACAUAUAUACGUGUGCUUGCAGUCGUUGAAUGUGGAAAUGUGGAAAGAGAGCAGGUGCUCAAUUGUGAGGAAUUAGGGUUUUUUUUGUCAGUUUGAAGAAUGCCGCUGAGUAGGUACCAGAUACGGAAUGAGUUCAGCUUGGCUGAUCCGGAACUGUACAGAGCCGCGGACAAAGAUGACCCCGAGGCUCUCCUUGAAGGCGUCGCCAUGACUGGACUUGUCGGCGUCUUGCGCCAGCUCGGUGACCUCGCCGAGUUUGCUGCUGAAAUAUUCCAUGAUUUGCAUGAAGAAGUUAUGGCAACUGCUGCAAGAGGCCAUAGUCUGACAAUCAGGGUGCAGCAACUUGAGGCAGAAAUGCCAUCAAUUGAGAAGGCAUUUCUUUCACAGACCAGCCACUCUUCGUUUUUCUACAAUUCUGGCACUGAUUGGCAUCCUAAUCUGCGUAUGGACCAAAAUAUGGUUACACAGGGUGAUUUGCCUAGAUUUGUGAUGGACUCGUAUGAAGAAUGCAGGGGUCCACCUCGCUUAUUUCUUCUAGACAAGUUUGAUAUUGCUGGUGCUGGAGCAUGUCUAAAACGUUAUACAGAUCCUUCGUUCUUUAAGGAGGCAGCCUCGUCCUUUGAAAUGACCAAUCCUGAUUUUCAGAGAGAAAAGAGAACUCGCAAAGCUAAGCAGAAGAAAGGAUCACGCUGGAGGAAUGGAGAAACCCCUGAGGUUUUACCCACUUCACAUGCUAAACUACAUCAGUUGUUCUUGGAGGAGGAGCGUAUUGAAAGUGGAACUAAUGACUCUGGACGUCGUGUGAAAUUAAAAAGAAGGCUAAAUGGAUUUCCUUUUGACUCAAAAACUGGGAAAAGCUAUAUGGAGAAGUUUCUGAGGACUGCUUCCCCAGAGCAUGUUGUUCACGAGGUCUCUGUAGAUUCAUCACCCUUGAAGCUGCCAGCAAGUAGUGCUUAUGAAAUUGGUCUUGAUUAUGUUGAAACAAAUGCAAAAAGUGCUGAUGAAGAGACCACACACACAAAGUUAAGCCUAUCCCCAUCUCUAUCUCCACCGCGAAGUGAAGAGAGUGAUGCAAUAAAACAACCCAAUGAUGCUCUGAAUGAGACUGUAACUGCUAUCGUGCCUACUUUUCAUAAAGUGUCAACUGAAAACGAAAUAAUUGAUGGAGAAGACAAAAGAGAAGAUAGCACAAAUGGCUACCAUUCGGAUGAUAUUGUCAGCGAAGUGGAGAAUUACGUGGAUGCUGUUGCUAGCAUGGAUUCAGAAUUGGAUACAGACUCUGAGUUGAGAGCCAGAACUCAUUCACAUUUUUUGAACAGAGAAAAGCAUUUGUCUACAAAUCAUGAUCAGAUUCAAUCUCACUCUUCAGAUUCCCAGUCAAUCAGCAAUUCCACUUUAUCUGAUGAUGCAAAUAGUACAUCCAAAAAAGAAGUGUCUAGUUUUUCUUCUGGUUCUCCUAGCACUUCUGUUGAAACUGCACCUUUGGAUGGUGAUACUACUACCAUAAAUGAGAUCCGUGAAAUUCAGAUGUGCUAUUCUCCAGUUGAUCUGCAACCUAAUAAUGAGGGAGUUGCAUCAGCCCAGCCUUCAGAGCAGGUUGCUUUUUCGGAGACAUCCAUUGUAGCAGCUGAACAUCUCAGGCAGAGCUAUGACUUGGAACCAUUGAGCACGUCAAGUCUUCUAGAUUCUGCUCUGGUUCCAGGAAUCACCGAGGCUGGAACAGUCAUGAAAGAAGAUGCUUCGGUGAAACCUACUGCUAAUGAAAUGUUAUCUAUUCUUGAUGAAGGUGAAAAUUAUUCCGCUGAUGUUGCAGAAACUGCAGCAAAUCAACAUAUGAAUGUUUUUGCUCCCAUAUGUUCUGAUGCUCCAGUCCAGAUGCGGGAUGAUUUGCCACCUAUAGUGUCUGCUGAAAACCAGUUGCUAGAUGAUAUACAUACUGUAGAUCUAAGUAUGGGCAAGUAUAUUACUUCAUCAAAUUAUUCUGAUGUUCCUCAUGACAGUAUAGAUGAUUUGCCAGCUAAUGAUCAAAAUGGGGACAACUCAGCUCUGGAAAAUCUGAAUUUGUACACUACGUCUAAUCCAUUUGCCCAUCAAAAGAGAGAUGAAUUGUUGUCAACUGAAAAUAAAUUUUUGGAUAACAUAGAUGGUGAGGUGCUGGAUUCAGUUGAUAAUACUAACUGUUCAGAUAAUCUCUCCAAUCAUUCUACUUCAAGAAAAGAUGGCCAUUCACCUUCUUCGUCUUCCAUUAACUACUCAACUGGUGAAUUAGAUGAUGGGGAUCAAAAUAUUAGCUCUGGUGUUUCAGUUUGUCUACCAAAUAUAUUAGAGGCUUCUUCAAAAGAGGAAUGUGUCAAACAUAAUUUGCUUGUUGCACCUGAGGAAGUAAAUGCUGAAGAUGAUUGCAUAAAAGUUUCUGAAGAUCACAGUGAUUCAUUGAACUUGCCUGUGGUACAAACUGAAAAUAAGGCUCUUGAUUCAGCCUCAGAAAUUGAGAAUACCAGUGUAAAGUUUGAUGAGACAUUGGUGUCUGAGGAGGAAUAUACUGAAGAUAAUUGCACUACAAAUUCAGAUGGAGGUCACAUUGGUCCAUCAAACCCUUCUAUCAUACAAACUGUGCCGCUUGAUACUAGAGAUGUGGCCUAUUCACAGAGUAGUCAGGCAAAUCUUGAUGAGGCUCCAAGUAUGACAAAUACUGAAGAUAAGUUUCAAUCUGUCCCUGGUCCAGAUUUGAUUGAAAUGGUUACCUCUUCACUGUCUCCAUGUCUUGAUUCAACAAGUGAGGAACCUGCAGGACAUGCGAGGGUGACACAGGCAGACAGAUUAAAUGCUGAGGGUGCAGCUGCUUCUCUUGGUAGCUCGGAUGAGUGCGCUGGGGUUGCUUCUGUUUCUUCUCUUGAUAUUAAAGAGCUGCAAGAUGACUCUAAUUCUAGCUCUGUGCAUUGUACUCUGAAUGGGUUGCAGAGAGAGAAUUUAUUCCUUAAAGAUGAUUCUAAGGACUCAGGUGCAUUAAAUGAAAUUGGCCACCAUACUGUUAUGUAUGAUUUGCAUGAGAUUGCGGGCUAUAAUCAUCUUAAGUCUGAAGUUGUCACUUUGGAUCUUGAUAAAAACAGCUCUAUGCAGCUACCUUUCGAGCAAAGUACUUUAAAUGUAGAAGAAACAUCUUCCCCAAGGAGUGAUGUCAUAGGAGAUGCUUCACCUUUGCAAAGCCAUCCAUGUGCUGAACAAGAAUCUGAAUUACCAAGAGAUCAACUUGAUAAUGAGGAACCGCUAGAUAAUGGUGAGAAAAAUUUGAGUUUGAUACCUCCUCUGGAGCAAGAACUUUCAUGUCAAAGUGACCAAGCUGGGUUAUUUGGAGCUUCUUCCAAAUCUGUGAUGUCAAACAUUCCAGUCCAAGCACCUUUGCCGAAGGACAAAUGCAAAGAUGCUUCUUCCUCUUUGCUGAUCUCUCAAUUUGCAGAACACAAGGCUGAGAUAGCACACAACCAACUUGAUAAGGAGGAAUUGCUUGUUGGUAAUGGUAAUGGUAAUGUAGAAAAUACACUGCUGUUACCUCAGUUGGAACAGAGACAACCAUCAUAUCACACUGAGCUUGAAAGAUCUGUUAACCUUUCUUCCAUACCCGUGACAGCAGAAGUUCCUAUUCAAUGUUCAUUGCCAAAGCUUUUAGGACAGGGCAACCAUGCUGAUGCUUCAUCUUUGCCAACCCAUGAUUGCUUAGAAGAAAAUGUCAAGUUAACAUGCAAUCAAAUUGAAAAGGAGCAAUUGGUUGUUGAAGAUGAAAACAUUUCAGAGCAGUUAUAUAAGUUAGAAAAGAUAGAAGUUCCAGAUCAUGUUCACCAAGAAGGGUUCAUUGAUGCUUCUUCCAAAACUAUGCUCAAUGGCCUUCCAUGUAAACCUUCAGUGUCAAAGCUCUUACCACAUGGCAACAAUGGCAUUGGACUGUUUCCUGGGUCAGAUCAGAUAAAUCUUGAGGAAAUGCCUCCAUUGCCUCCUCUUCCUCCAGUUCAGUGGAGGAUAGGGAAAUUUCAGCGUGUUCAGGAGAGAGAUGGGGUACAAAAUGGAACUGGUUCAUUGCCUAGUUUUCCAUCUCAGAUUGAUCAGGCUGUUCAACCUUCGGAAAAAAGUUUACCAUUGCCAGCUGUGACAAAUGAGGAUUCAACUCUUGUUUAUGAAUAUGGUGCAGCACAUUAUGGUUCAUUCACUUUGCAAGCACCACACAGAAUUAGUGAUGAAAAUAGCAAAGAAAAUUUGAAUGUUCCAACUGGAAAGCAGCCUCUCAAUUCAUCCUCACAAGUAAUUCCUGUAGAUAAAGCAUGUACAGCUGCCUUUGGGACUUCAUCUGAAGAACUUAUCCUACCUGUCAAACAAACAACAGAAGAUACAAGUUUAAAGAGGCAGGAGCUUGAAAAGGGCUUAAGAAAUUCAGAAGGAAAUCAGACAACAAAUAAUAGAUUGGGACCACUCGUAAAACCUGAGGAUUCAGGUCCCUUGGAUGCUUCUCAGUCAUCAGACAAAGAAUUGUGUGAACCCCCACAUCAGGUAGCACUUGUAACAAGCAUGGAGGAAGCAAAAAUUGACAAGGGCUCUACAAGUUUGGAGGAUAAUUUGGUCACAGACAAGGAAUUGAUCCAACCUGAGCAUCAAGUAGCAUCUGAGAUGAGCUUGAAGGAGCUGAAGCUUGGUGAGGACUCUUCAAGUUCAGAGGUGAAUUUGGUUACACAUGAUACCAUACCAACAGACAAAGAAUUGACCCAACCAGCACCUGAGACAAGCUUGAAUGAACAGAAACUUGACAAGGCCCCUACAAUUUUGGAGGAGAAUUUGGUCAGUCAUAAUACUAUACCAAUUAACAAAGAAUUCACUCAAUCUGAGCACCAAGUAGCACCUGAGGUAAACUCAAAGGAAUUGGAGAGUGAGAAGAGCUCUGUACGUUUGGAGGAGAAUUUGGUCAUAGAUGAUGCUUUACGAUUAGCAAUGGAGAAGAACUUUCAAAAGCCUCUGCAGACCAAGGCUAGUUUAGAAGAGGAUAUUAUAUGGCCAGCUGUGGAAGAUGGAAUGGUGAAUGGGAGCAGGAAAAUGAAGCUACCUCGACCUCGAAGUCCUCUAAUUGAGGCUGUAGCUGCACAUGACAAAAGCAAACUGAGGAAAGUGAGUGAUAGAGUUAUGCCCCCGGUGCAAAAGGUGGAUGAAAGAGAUAUGGCAUUAGAACAUGACAAAAGCAAACUGAGGAAAGUGACUGAUAGAGUUAAGCCCCCAGUUGAGAAGGUAGAUGAAAGAGAUAUGCUAUUAGAACAGAUAAGAAACAAGUCCUUCAAUCUGAAGCCUGCAAGUGUGACAAGACCCAAUAUUCAGGUUCCUCAACCCAAUUUGAGAGUUGCUGCCAUUUUGGAGAAAGCAAAAACAAUUCGCCAGGCUUUUGCUGGAAGUGAUGAAGAGGACGACGAGGAUUCUUGGGACUAAUUCAUGAAAAAUUUUGCAAUUUAAUCCGUCAACCAUACAGCCUGGAUUCUCAACGGAUCUUGCCAUGUUCGGAUGGCAGCCUCAAUCCUUUUUUCCAGAAUUGAAGAUCUAUACACUGCCACUGUAAAAUAUUUACUUUCCCCUCUAUAGCAUGUAUUAAGUUAGGGUUCCAAUAUUUUAUUAUCUCCCCAUAGAUUAAUCGGGGAAAUAUAUAUAUAUAUAUAUAUAUUUGAUUUGAUGUAUGACACAUGAGGUCAGCGUGCAAGCGCGAUGUUAUUCAUUUCCUUUGUAAAUUUACUAGCGGUUAUAUAUUGCAAUUGUUUUCUGGUUACACAAUUUGUAUAUAAAAAAAAAACUCAAACACUGUAAUCGGUGAAACACUGCAAGUGUGCAUAUUUGCUGAGUAACAAGUUCUGUCAUUUUAUCGAUUUUCAA